AUGGUUUCCCAUGUUGAAUCUGUGAUACGCGAUUUCAAGUCCUUGUCAGACUAUAUGCGCCUGAAGAAAGAUAAUGAUGAAGACGGGCAAAAGAUUGUGUUUCGCAACUUUUCAUGGGAUGAUAACAGGGUGGCAGAUCACUUAUCCGUGUAUCUAAAGGAUACAAAAUCGCAGGAAGAAAUUGAGAAGAGUUUUAUGAAAAUAUUCCCUUAUCACAUAAGCAUAGGGGAUCACCAGCUGGCAACUAUGGUCCUUUGGGUUAAGGCCAGAAUACACAUGCUUAAAAAUUGA